AUUUGUUGCCAGGAGUAACAAGAAGACAGUUAUGAAAUUACAGUGCAACAUAAACAUUGAAUGAUUGCCUGUGUGCAAAGCUUAGUUUUGAAGACAGUUUUGAACAUCUCUGUAAUCCCUCAUGGUAAGAUUUAUGGUUCUGGCCUGGACGGUCUUAACAGGGCUCUUUAGAUUUUUUUUGCUUCUUUCAAGUUAGGUUAAAACUAUCAACUACAGCAUUCUUUCUUUGUACCAAUGGCAUGUAUAGCUACCAUCCAUUUUCCAGAACAGCAAUGGAUCCACAGCUUUCGAGCCAGGCUUGACCAUUCUGUACUCAGUGGUAUAUAUAGCUCCCCUGGUUUUACAAAGCAGAGAAGGAUAUUCUGUUCCUUUGUUGCAAAACAAAAUUUCAUGCUUUAUCAUCAUACCUUUCCUAUAUGCUGCAUGAUCAUACGAAAAGGGAAAAAGAAGAAUAUGCAUGCUUCUGUGAUGAAGUCAUACUUACCAUCUCUUGUUGUAACUUAUCCUGCUCCUGGGUGGUAGUAAUGCACUUUUCUCUCAGCUUUACUACCAUAUUUUUCUACAAAACAGAAUCAUAAUAUUGUUUCAUGUCAUUGGGUUCUUUAUGGAACACAGGGAACCUAAGAUAAUGAAGCAAUAUAAGCUCCACCGUCUCAUUGAAAGAUCUUACCAUGAUACUUAUUUGAAGAAUCCACACAUUUGUUGUGAUGAACUUGCUUUCAGGGUUAUUGAGCUUCUUUCAAACUUUAGAUUCUGCACAUCUUCUGUUACCUGGUACAUACAAGGGAGAAACUGAUGAAAUUAACCCCAUCCUGUAAAAAAAGAGAACAGAUCAAAACUGUAGUCUGUAUUAUCAAACAUGCAUAGACACAGAAUUUCUCUAUCCAAUAUAAGGCUAUAUAACAGGAAGACCUGCGAGCAUCGGCAGGGUGGUUGCGUUCCUGCCUAGGGUGUGCUGCCUUCAUCACUCACUGACAUCUUCUUGUCGAGGGGUCAGACUGCCGUUAUGACCGCUCACAAGGUGCUCUCAGUGACUAGGUCAUGGAUUUGUGCUGCCACAACAUGGUUCAUUGCUUUCGAUGUUCACAUGCUGGUCAGGUGGUUCCACGUCGGCUGAUUGUGCAGGCUUUGAAAGAGUACUUGUGGUUACCCACAUCCAGUCUUGACAUUCUAGGCCGAUACUCCUCGUGUUGCUGGUUUGUAAAAACAGACAUUCUUGGAUAGCUUCCCUGGGUUAAUUGGCGGUUGUUGGUGUGACAGACUUAUUGAGCACAUACAGGUUAGUUCUUCUUUUGUGUCCUGCAAAUCCUGGACUCAGUUGUUCUCUCAAUCUUGUUUGUCUAUAACGACAAAGGGUGUUACUAUUCUGCAAAUUACUCCGCUCAUUUUAGUAGGAUCCACUAUAUAAGAGAGAUGGUUUUGGUAGGAUCUGGAAACCGAAGUUAGAAAUAUGAAUUCAGUGGUCGAUUGCAAAUUACUCCGCUCAUUUUCUUCCCUCUUUCGCUGUCCACAUGCCUUUGCUUGAGAUGGAAGGUACAUCCUCUGAGUUCUUAUUUCCAUCUAGAAGUGUUUAACAGUAAUAUUUUGUUUCAUAUCAACCAUAAUAGUAGUAGCCUCGGAGGUGGUACUAGGCGAUAUUCCUGCAAUCUUGCCACUAGGAGGCUUUGAAGUGUGUUUUCCCAGUUUAGCAGUGCAGGCACAUGUGUUUUUCUCUCCAGCUUGUAUAUUUGCACUGUGGCUGACUUCUACUGAUUUUGUAUGUGUGAUGACGUGCUCCUUUUCGCCAUGGUAUUAUCUCUAAUAUUUAUUUAAGAGAGCUCAUGGUUUUCGUGUUGAUCAUACUCCUGGUUAGAAUAUUUGAGUAUAUAAUGUUGUUUGGUCAGCAUUGUAAGGUGAUUAAGAUAUGAUCAGACCGUGAUUAAGAUAUCAUGAUCAGAUCAUCCUUCUACAUCGAAGACUUUGGACCGUGCCUUCCAUAGGGUUGAAAGUUGACCAAAAUUUUCACACCACUCUUCAGCUGUGGUUCUUGAUUGAUUCAUAUCACCUCAUUCAUAUUUUAUUCAAAUAGAUGUCCUUUUGCUUGGGCAACUUUAUGCAGUGUGAAUGUUCUUUACACGCUACCAAAACUUUAUAGUUAAUUCCAACCAGUGCCAUCCCUGUACAACGUCACACUUAAGUUAUUAUUUGAAGAUCACAUGGUAGUUCAUUAUUUGGCUGCUUGAAGUAUUCGCGUUAUCCAUGCAGUGUGCACUUGCUUGUGUUCAUCAAGCAUCGUAUGGAAGCAUUAAGCAUUAGCAAAAUAAAAUCCUCUGUGCAGCCACUGUAGAAAAAAGAUUAUAUACCACUCCCAAUAAGAAUAAAAUGUGAUUUUCAGUUUUUUUUUUCUGUCAGCUUCAGAAAAAAUGUGCCUGUGCUGUUCUAAAAUGUCUGAAAUGUUUGCUUUUGACCUUGAAUCCCAUGUUGAAUAGCCAACUCAAUGUAACCAAAUUAAAAUAACAUGUCUGCUGAUCUAAAACAACUACUAAUAGUGACGGGUUGUUAAGCUAUUGGCACAUCCUUAUCUGUAGUUGAAUUUGGCCCGAGCUUUGAAUCAGUGGUUACAUUUAAAGUAUUCCCUCGGUUGUUUAAAGAUCAGCAGCCAUCCCAAGGUAGCAGAGGGAAAUAAGAACUGACGUUAAUGUACAUCAUUAGCUGUGGCCUCCAAAUCUGGUUCUAUCCGGUUUUCUGGAGGUUAGCCUCGCUCUAACCAAAGCAAUGGCCUCCAAGCAGAUGGUGCAUAUGAACCAAGGACAAGGGGAAAGAAGCUAUGCUCGCAACUCUGGUAUUCAGAACGCUCAGCAGAACAGGAUGAAGCUCCUGAUAGAAAGAGCCAUCAUAGACUUAUGCAGCAGCACCUUGUUACCUGACAAGAUGGUGAUCGCGGACUUGGGCUGCUCCUCUGGCCCAAACGCGCUGGCACUGGUGUCGGUCGCUGUCGAGGCGAUCCAUGGUUACUGUCUUCAGUUCCAGCAGCCACCACCGGAACUUUGUGUGUUCCUCAACGAUCUGCCUGACAACGACUUCAACACGGUGGUGAAGAGCCUUGUCACACUCCGUCGAAUCAACGACCCUGUGGUCUUGACGGGUGUCACACCGGGAUCGUUUUACGAGAGGCUUUUCAUUAGUAGCUCCGUGCAUCUUGUGUGCUCGUCCAGUAGCCUGCACUGGCUCUCAAAGCCUCCUGAAUUUCUAACGAGGAACCAGAUCCCGGCUUACUACAUCGAUGAGCAUGCUAGGCGUGAAAACCUCCCUAUGGUCCUUGAGGCUUAUGCACAACAGUUUAGGAAUGAUUUCCGACAUUUCCUGGAGCUGAGAGCCAAAGAAUUAGUCCCGGGAGGACAGAUGGUUGUUUCCAUUAUAGGGAGGCAUUCUGAUGGCAUCGCGCCCUUUCACAUCUGGGACAUCCUUGCUCAGGUUCUAAGCCUUAUGGCCUCAGAGGGUGUAAUCGACAAGGCGAAGUUUGAUUCUUUCUACGUGCCAGUCUAUGGGCCUUCAAAGGAAGAUUUAAGAGAGAUCAUCCAAGAUGAGGGUUCCUUUUCCAUCAAGGAGUUUCUGGUGCAUGACUUUUUAAGCGACCUGGACAGUGCACUCGUCACCCCAAGCUGGAUCGCCAACCAGAUAAGGGCCGUGUACGAACAGAUAGUCGUGCAACAUUUUGGGGAUGUGAUGGACGAAUUCGUGAGGAUCGCGGAGCGGCGCUGGAACCUGGACGGAAGCUUGCUGCAGGAAGAGCAUGCCGGAUUAGCUAUGCUGACUCUGUCGGUCGCCAAGGCAUGAUGGAUUGAUGAUCGUGGCCGCUGGUGUGACUGCUUUGCUUUUUUCCAAAGGAUGGUGAGUUGCUGGCCGGUUUACAAGGCAACAACAUGUUCACACUUCAUUAAUCGAUUUACAUAUUGGAGUGGGCUUUCUUGUGUCAUACUAUGUGAUUGCUUCUCUUCUAUGUUUAUGGAUUUUUUUAUACAUUUCUAUUAUUCUGUCAUCUGAAUGGACUAUUCUAUAUAUUGUAAAAAUAUGUGACUCAUUUGUCCAAGUACAUGUUCACGCUACAACCAUAUUCUAGCUUUUAGUUAUCGCUCCA